AUGUCAAGCACCCAAGCCCGUCGCAAUGUUCUCACAAACACAUCAGCGCGUCAAAACAUUCUGAUUGUUGGUUGCGGCAUCGCAGGGCCAGUGCUUGCAACCCUUCUGCUAUCCUCUCCCGGUUCCGUCCACGAGCUUCCACAGAUCACAAUCCUCGAGCGUAACACAGCUGCCCUGGGCUCUGGUCAGAAUAUCGAUAUUCGCGGGCUUGGAAAACAUGUGAUCAAUGAACUUGGUCUGACAGAAGAAGUCAAAAGAGCCACCACCGGCGAAGAAGGCGUCAAGAUUGUCGACGCAGCAAACAGAGUUUGGGCACAGAUGGCCGCCGACAAGACUGGAAAAGUCGAGACUGGAACUUCUGAUGUUGAGAUCUUGCGCGGAAGACUUGCGGAGAUUCUUCUGGAUCAGGCGAAGAGAGUCAGCGAAAGUGUCAAAGCAAGAGGCGGCAUGGGUGUGGAUUUCAUCUUUGGCGACAGCAUUCAAGGCUUGCAUCAAGAUGACAACAAGGUGUAUGUUCAGCUUGCCAACGCUGGCAGAAGAACAUUCGAGCUCGUCGUUGGUGCGGACGGUCUGCACAGCAAGACUCGAAAGCUGGCCUGGGGCGCAGAGCAGGAGGGAUGUUCGAAACCUCUGCAUAUGUACGGUGCUUUCUUCAGCACAAACAAAGAAGCAGGAGAUGGAGACUGGAGAUCGUGGUUUCAUGCUCCUGGUGGCGUCAGUGUCAUGCUUCGACCCUCGGGCACGAAAGAGAAGAGCACUGUACUUGUGCUUCUUGCCGACAAGGAUGGCUCCAUUGCAAAAGACUUGGAAGGCAGUGCAAGGGAUGUUCCAGCACAGAAAAGUCUGGUGCUCAGAAGACUCAAAGGAAUCGUUUGGCAGGAGCAGAGACUGAGAAAUGCCGUAGCAGAGGCGGAUGACUUCUACUUUGACACUACUGCGCAGAUCAAGUUGGACAGAUGGAGCAAAGGCCGAGUGGUUCUGUUGGGCGAUGCUGGGUACGUUUCUUGUGUUCCCCCUUGUUUUUGA